CCUAGCCCGGAAGCGGAAGCCGCUUUGGAAAACGGAAAAGCUUGGAGCCGGUUCCCAGCCGGAGCCGAGAUCCGUACAGGGGUCUCUGCGGGGAGGAUCUUGGGCCAGUCUUGCUGCGGUGCUGCAGCCGCCGCCCCCGACAGCAGAGCUGGGACUCUACCGCGCUGCUCGGGAUCCCAGGACGAGAGAACAGAUGCAUCCUUUGGUGGUCGACCGUACCCUGCCCUAGAGAGAAGUCCAGGAUAAUAACUUUUGGGGCUCUAUUUCUCCACCCUGGAAUUCAUCCAGUUCAUUCCAGAAAUACUGACCCUCAGCUUCUGUGACACAUCCUCAAUGAAUGUCUGAUGGACAGACGCUUUCCGUUGACCUUGCAGCAAUUUUCUUUCCCGUGGAGUUUGGAGGACAAGGUGAAUGGUGCCAAAAGUUGCCUGCUUCGGUGCAUAGGUGUGUUCCACUUGGUUCUCAGAACAUGGGCCCUCGUUUAAAGCUGCAGCUGUGAUCCUCGGCUGUCUGUCGGCAUUGAAGGGACCUGAUGUUUUACGUUAUUGGUGGAAUCACAGUGUCUGUGGUUGCAUUCUUCUUCACAAUUAAGUUCCUCUUUGAGCUUGCCGCACGCGUAGUCAGCUUCCUCCAGAAUGAGGACCGUGAGCGCAGAGGGGACCGGACUAUUUAUGACUACGUGCGGGGAAAUUACCUGGAUCCCCGGUCUUGCAAAGUCUCCUGGGAUUGGAAGGACCCCUAUGAGGUGGGCCACAGCAUGGCCUUCCGAGUGCAUUUAUUCUACAAGAACGGACAGCCUUUCCCGGCACAUCGGCCUGUGGGACUGAGAGUUCACAUCUCUCAUGUCGAGCUGGCCGUGGAAAUUCCAGUCACCCAGGAAGUCCUGCAGGAGCCCAGUUCCAACGUGGUCAAGGUGGCCUUCACUGUGCGCAGGGCGGGGCGUUAUGAGAUCUCGGUGAAGCUUGGUGGAUUAAACGUGGCCUACAGUCCCUACUAUAAGAUUUUUCAGCCUGGAAUGGUGGUUCCUUCCAAGACCAAAAUAGUGUGCCAUUUUUCUACUCUGGUGUUGACCUGCGGACAGCCACACACCCUUCAAAUAGUGCCCCGAGAUGAGUACGACAACCCUACCAACAAUUCCGCGUCCUUGAGGGACGAGCACAAUUACAGUGUGUCCAUUCAUGAGCUCGGUCCUCAAGAAGAAGAGAGCACUGGUGUCUCAUUUGAGAAGUCAGUGACCUCCAACAGGCAGACCUGCCAGGUGUCCUUGCGACUUACCCUGCAUUCUCGCGGCUGCUUCCAUGCCUGCAUUUCAUACCAAAAUCAGCCAAUCAAUAAUGGUGAAUUUGACAUUAUUGUCCUAAGUGAGAAUGAGAAGAAUAUUGUUGAACGCAAUGUGUCCACCUCAGGAGUGAGCAUUUACUUUGAGGCUUAUCUUUAUAACGCUACCAACUGUACCGGCACAUCCUGGCACCUUCCGCCCAUGCACACGAGCUCCUCCCAGCGCCGGCCUUCCACAGCCGUGGAGGAGGAGGAGGAGGACUCACCCUCUGAGUGCCAGACCCCCGAGAAGGUGAAGAAACCGAAGAAGGUGUACUGCUAUGUGUCACCAAAGCAAUUUUCAGUGAAGGAGUUCUACCUGAAAAUCAUUCCCUGGCGCCUUUAUACCUUCCGAGUGUGCCCAGGAACAAAAUUUUCAUACCUUGGCCCCGACCCUGUUCAUAAGCUGCUCACACUGGUGGUAGAUGAUGGCAUUCAACCACCUGUGGAGCUCAGCUGUAAGGAGAGGAACAUUCUAGCAGCCACUUUCAUCCGCUCCCUCCAUAAGAAUAUAGGAGGCUCUGAGACCUUUCAGGACAAGGUGAACUUCUUCCAGCGAGAGCUUCGGCAGGUACAUAUGAAAAGACCACAUUCCAAAGUCACCCUGAAGGUCAGCAGACACACCUUGCUGGAAUCGUCUCUGAAAGCCACUCGGAAUUUCUCCAUCUCAGAUUGGAGCAAGAACUUUGAAGUGGUUUUUCAAGAUGAAGAAGCUCUGGACUGGGGAGGGCCUCGCCGGGAAUGGUUUGAACUAAUCUGCAAAGCACUGUUCGAUACCACCAAUCAGCUCUUCACCAGAUUCAGUGACAACAACCAAGCAUUAGUCCACCCCAACCCUAAUCGCCCUGCUCAUCUACGCUUGAAGAUGUAUGAGUUUGCAGGGCGGCUGGUAGGCAAGUGUCUCUAUGAGUCCUCUCUAGGCGGAGCCUAUAAGCAACUGGUCCGAGCUCGCUUCACCCGCUCUUUUUUGGCCCAAAUCAUAGGACUACGUAUGCAUUAUAAGUAUUUUGAAACAGAUGACCCAGAAUUCUACAAAUCUAAGGUUUGCUUCAUCCUCAACAAUGACAUGAGUGAGAUGGAGCUGGUCUUUGCAGAAGAGAAAUAUAACAAAUCAGGCCAAUUGGAGAAGGUUGUAGAACUCAUGACAGGUGGAGCUCAAACCCCAGUCACAAAUGCAAAUAAAAUCUUCUAUUUAAAUUUAUUGGCCCAAUAUCGACUGGCCAGUCAAGUGAAAGAGGAGGUAGAACACUUCCUAAAAGGCCUGAAUGAGUUGGUCCCUGAAAACCUUUUGGCUAUAUUUGAUGAAAAUGAGCUUGAGCUGCUGAUGUGUGGGACUGGGGACAUCAGUGUGUCUGACUUCAAAGCCCAUGCAGUGGUUGUUGGCGGCUCAUGGCAUUUCCGAGAAAAGGUCAUGAGGUGGUUCUGGACCGUGGUGUCCAGUCUGACCCAGGAGGAGUUGGCUCGGCUGCUACAGUUCACAACGGGCUCCUCUCAGCUGCCACCCGGAGGUUUUGCCGCCCUCUGUCCCUCGUUCCAGAUUAUUGCCGCUCCCACCCACAGCACGCUCCCGACUGCACACACGUGUUUCAACCAGCUGUGCCUCCCCACGUAUGACUCGUAUGAAGAGGUUCACAGGAUGCUGCAGCUGGCCAUCAGCGAGGGCUGCGAGGGCUUUGGCAUGCUCUGACCACUCCCCGGCCACGUGCCCCUGGCCCCCGUGCUUCCUGGAGCACCUGGGUGCGCGUAACACCGUGAGAACCACCGACCCCAACACCUCUCCGUCGGCCAGAAGCUGCUGCAUGCUACCCGGUGUCUGGAGGACUUGCUCACCUCCCCCCCGGCCCCGGGUCGCUCCCUCGCCGCCCCCUCUGCAUCCCCACCCCCUCCACUUCGCCACGCCCCGGCCCCCAAGCCACUUCGGCAGGGGCCCAUAUGGCAGGGGCCCAUAUGGAGUCUACGCUGCUCUCUCCUGAGGAGAGGACCAUGCUGCUGUCACUUCAGUUGGUUCUCAGAAGAUCUCCGGACCGGGAGCUGCUUCAGGAGCCGCGGGAGAUUAAACAAAGGGCUCAGCUUUCUUAGAAGGCUGAGGUCCACCUUCCUCAGGCUCCUGUGCCCAUGGCCCAUACCAGUCCCUCUGCGGCCCUCACUGCUUGCCCUGCGGGGACGUGAGUCCCUCCUGGGCACGGGGCGAUCGCCUCUCUCACCAGAAACCGGGAGGAGCGCAGAUGGCAAGUGGCCCACGUGCACAGUCUUCAUUUUUGUCCCUCUGCACCAUAGCAGGCUCAGGCCGUGGCACUGGACUACCUCUGAGGGGGGACUGAUGGCACAAAAGGAUCUUUUUCUGUGAUGUCAAAACUGGAAAAGGAACUUUUUCCCUGAAGGCAUUUCUGGAAAUGAUCAUUAAUCCAUAAAGAACUCUCUAAGCUUUUUCUUGAGUUUGAGCCAGUGAGAAAAACAGACCCAAGAAUGUGAAAGAUAGCUGGGGCAUAGCUUCCAGUGCUGAAAAUGAUUUUCCUUUAGGGCAUGUCUAGGCCUAUGGCCGGCUUGAAGACUACUGAUGUUUGUCCCUGAGUUUGUUCUGUACACAGAGGUGUGGCUGGGCCUGGCCGCUUACCUCGAACUUCUGCAGCCUGCUAAGAGCUAGGGAUUCUUUAGCUUUCUAUGGAAGAAAAUUUUUGUAACAAGGGUUUGGGAGCAGUAAGAAUAGCAGGCUAACAAUCCCUGGCUCUCUUUGCUUGGUAUUCUCUGGCAGCACUGAAGCAAGGAAAAAGGAACCAAUGGUCAAGUGCUCGGUCACAGGUCCGUGGGGUCAGGGACUGGGAACAUGCAGAGAGCAGCUGUGUCCGACGACAAACACCCAGCUUCCCACUAACUUCCUUCUGUGUCUGAGUUGCCGGCAGGAGCCCUGGUGGAGGGAGGACGAUCUCGUAGAUUCACUGUGACAUGGUGAUUGACGAGAACCCGCAGCAGGCCCUUGCGAAGUCACACCACCCUUUUUCAUGACCAUUUGAAUGCAGACAGUUUCAAGACUCAAAAUCUCAUCAACUUCCCAAAUAUCUGUUUUUAAGAAGGCUUUGCUACAAGCUACCAUUCUCAACGGGGCAUUCAACUCUGAGAAUACUACAAGCCAUCUUUACUGCCAAAACCAGCAAGCCUGCAGAGUCCAGAGGUGAGGCGGGACCUAUGGCCAUGCCUCGGCCUCCUGGAAGCCUGUCUGAGCCCUCCUGUUCCCAGGGAUCACGAGGAACCAGCCCUCCUGAGCUGCUCCCAUCACGGCCUGACCUCACUCCUUCGCAGUUGUCAUUUGUCCUUCUUGGCGUGGGUGCUGACGUCACUCAUUCUUGGGGUCCAGGAUCCAGCAUCAGGGCCUCGACAUCCCAGCCAGGGCCCUCCAUGCCACACAGUCACUGCUGUCCUCAGGGACCAGGACAAGGUGCUGCUGCUUGCCCCAGUGUUUUCCCAUCGGAUGAAUACAGGCAGGUUUUGUCAUCACCCUGGAAACACGAUGCUGCCCCUCGAGCCUUGAGAGGGGUUUCCAUCUGGGGGCACAGGGGCUGGUUCUGCUGUUUUUGGCAGUUGCCCCUCUUCUGGAUUCUGCAUUCUCCCCUCCAACAGCCCUCUAGAGACCGAUGCUGGAGCUCGAAUUGAUUUUCUUGUCGAGAUCUGUCAUUUUCAGCUCUAGUCGUAGCACUUUUCGGAGCAUCCUCGGGGCCACUGUGGCCCAGCUGCGGCAGCUCGCAGCCCCGUGGGGGUCCCCAGCCCCAGGGGCUUCGCUGAACAAAAACCCUUCGGUACUGUUGUGGUUUUCUAUUCUUCCAGUGUACUCUGUCUCCUAAGUCUGUUCGAAAGCAUCUUUGCUCAGUUUGGCCUUUUCCUUUACCUUUUCUUCUAAGCCUGCUUCGGUCCCAGCCAGUUUGCGGAAAAGGUACUUGUCAGAGAGAAGGAGGAACACCUGUUACUUCUCGAGCAAUUGUGAAUCUCACGUUUCUUAUUUUGGCCAGUUCUUUUCUUUAUGCCCCGGGGGCCCAGGUACUUGGGGGGCCAGGUAAACGCCUGGCCUUGUAGCGUCUUGGAAGGAGACCAAGCAAGCACCAGGGAACACCAAGGAGAGCGUCAGCAUGUUUUCUAGAGAUCACGCGCUGCUACAAAUCCGUCAGGCCAGGCAAAGGGGCCAGACUGCUGCAUUGACAGUGUAAAUAUUUUGUACAAUAAAUAAAUCAAUAUUGGAAAGGACUGAGGAGCAAGUGACUUCUUUAAGUGGUGGUUUAGGGCCCAGACUGGAGGCUGGGAAGGAAAAGAAAGAUUUAGAAAUGUUUUUGCAUUUCCCCAGGUGAUGCCUUCAAAAGCCACGAGCUCAGGGUAGAAUCUACCUGCAGAGCCCUGGCCCACGCUGGGCUUCUCACACUUUCAUCCUUCCUCAUUGCUGUCCCUGAUGCCAGGCGGGGCCACAGUGUGAUGACAGGCUUAUGCUCAGCUCCGGAAGAAGAAAGCAGUUUGGCAAGAGCAGAGGAUGUCUGCUCUCCUGAGUCUUUUCAAUCUUCAUUUGUUGUUUGACGUAAGAAGCUCAGCAUAGAAAAUUUGGAAAUUAAAAAGAGGCCAAGAGAAAUCAUUGACCUGCUAUCCAGAUGUCACCACUGCUAACUGAUACAUGUAGGCCUCUGGUUUGCAUACGAUCACAUUUAUUUCCAUACCUCUUCCUCCCAAGCAAGCUAGGCGUGGCAGACAAAAUCACUGCUCCUCAGACAUUUGUGGGUGACGGGUGGUACCAUUUGGUACCCAAAGAAUUGGUACCAAUUCUCUUCCAGCUGAAGCUAUGCUUGGCAGAGAGAGAAAACCAGACCUCUGAUUUGGGGCCUGGAAGGAAGAGUAGCAGGGACCCUGGCUUUGUUGGGAAAGUAGUCAAUGGUGUCAUGACACAUUAGUUCCCAAUCUGGAAAAUU